GUCCUCUAGGAGGACAAUGUCUGCGUCUGACCUGUGGGCCCGUCAGAAAAAGAAAGCAUGGGCGUGGACCUGGAGGGGAUUAUCCAGUGCAUCAAGCAGGGGGAUCAGAACGGUGUUGAGGUACAGCUGCAGGAGUUCAACAAAGAGUAUGCCCAGUGCUUCUUCUUUGAUUCAGAGGAGAGUGACCGAAGGAAACAAAGAAAACUGGAGGAGUUCAGAAAAAAUAAAGUGAGGGAAUACGCUGAUUCUGACUCCGACUGCGACCAGUACGACCAGGAGGAUCGAGGCCUCGUCCUGCGACAGAAUUUAGCUCUUGUCCUGGUGAGGUUCAUUCGAACAGGAGCUACAUGUCGUCUGUUGAGAGUAUCUCUACGAACCCUGAGAAUCCUCUCCAGGGACAAAAAGGUCCUGGGCCCCUUGGUGACCGACAGCGCUCUCCUGACGCUGGCCAAACUAGCGGGGCUGACCACGAGUGACACAAGUGACGAAUCCAGCGACCCGGACUCAGAUUUCUACGAUAACAUCAUGGCUUCUCUGGCUGAGGCCAAAGCGUUGCAUCGUCGUACUGACGAGGACGAAGGCGACGUUGAAGCCAAUGACCAACAGGACGAGUGCUUUGAUGAGGACGCCAAGAGUGACAUCAGCAACGCCAACAGCGAAGAUCUGGACAGCAUUGGCUGUUCUGACAGCCACAGGACCAGCAUCAACGAAAUGCACAGGGGCAGCAUGCAUCACAAGGCGCUGGAAAGAGGCCGGAGGGACCGCAGAGAGAGCAAGAUGGAGGGGGAGAGGGAGGAAGAGGAGGAGGAGGGAGGCGUGUCAGGAGAGGAGGCACAGAGAAAAGAGGCCUUGAAGGUGUUGUGUAAUGUGGUCUACAACAGCACCUGGGCACAGGAGAGGUUUAGUGGUCUCAGGCUCAUGUGUGGCCUCACAGAGCGUCUAUCCUCCAGUGUGAGUGGCUCAUCUCCCUCCAGUGUUCAGUUCUAUGAACUACGCCUCAUGUUCCUCAUUACUGCACUACGGCGCGAGCUCAGCGUUCAGCUUCAACAGGAGGGAGGUGUGUCCAUCUUCACCGCAGCUCUGGAGAGCUGUCUGCAGGUUCAGUGGAAGGACCAGUAUGAGUGUGUGCUGGACCCAGCAGCACCACCCAUCUCACUGGAAGCCUCUCAGCGUAUCAUAGAGAUCCUCAAAAUCUUCUUCAACAUCACCUGCAGAAGCCACAGGCAGGAGCCAAGUGAGGAUGACGCAGCUCUCUACCGACACCUGGUGGCGAUCCUGCGUCUGUGUCUGAUAAGGAAGUGUUUGCUUUUGGAUGACACUGAUGAACUGCAGGGCCACACAGUCAACCUGUUGUCAGCGCUGCCUCUCCAGUGUCUCGAUGUGCUGCUGAUGGUGCCUCUGGGGCCCGACUCGAAGCAGGGCCCGGGGGUCAACCUGGACUGUGUCCACAUCCUGGUGCUGUUCAUGGAGAGACGCCUGGAGACGGGUGAUAAGAUGAAAGAGAAGCUGACACCAAUCCUCAAUCUGCUGACGGAGAGCUGCAGGGCCCACAGAGAAACACGCCAUUACAUCAGGAAACAUAUCCUGCCUCCUCUGAGAGACGCAUCACACCGACCAGAGGAAGGCUCCACAGUGAAGAGUCGUCUGAUCCGCCUCAUGACCCACCUGGACACAGACCUCAAACACUGCGCUGCUGACCUCAUCUUUGUGCUCUGCAAAGAAAAUGUGAGCCGCUUUGUCAAGUACACAGGCUAUGGCAACGCAGCGGGCCUGCUGGCCACCAGGGGCCUUUUGGGAGGUCAGGGGUCCAGAGUCAGCUCUGACGCCCAGUACUCCAGCGACUCAGACUCAGACACUGAGGAGUAUCGACAGGUCAAAGGUCGCAUCAAUCCGGUGACAGGGCGGGUGGAGGUGGAGCAGCCGGACCCCAUGGAGGGCAUGACGGAGGAGGAGAAGGAGGAGGAGGCCAAGAGGCUCAUCAUGCUCUUCAACAAGCUGUCUAGAGAUAACAUUAUCCAGCCGAUGGCAGUGGAUGCAGAGGGGAAGCUGGUCCCGAUGUCGGGACUGAAGAAUAAUUCCACUGAGGAGAUGAAGUCUGGGUCUGAGAAUGACGGCGAAGAAGAGGAAGGACAGAAGAACUGAAACAUGUCAAAUACAUUCAUUUAAAUGAUUGAUUUUGUUUCUAAAUGUCCCAUUUCUUAAGUUUGACGGUACUUGCAUACACCCUAAAAAAUGUGACCAAUGGUAACUUAAUAAAAUUAUGGCAAC